AUGGCACACAACCACCCCAACUCAACAACCACAAAUCCAACCAUCCACAUCACAAUCCUCACCAUCGCAACCCUACUCAUCUUCUCCGUGCUCAUCCUCAUAAUCGGACCGUCGCGAAUCCUCUCCGACUCCUCCACAUCUUGCACCUACCCCCAAAUCCACAUCGACCUCUCAAAUCCCCAAUCCAGUAGCUCGGCCUCUAGCCCCAGUCAUCAUGACGGUACCCACCGACGCAUAUACAACAACUCCGCCAUCCUCGAAGCUACAACCAAAUCCCCCGCCAAUCCGUUGACAUGGGAAGAGAUCCUCACGCCACCUCUCAUCACGCACGGGAUCCGCAUCCAAAAGGAGAGCCUUAACCAUCUAGACGACCACCCCGAGAUCGAAGCCGAGCCAGCAGAGGGCGGCCACCACGGUCACGGCCACGGCCACAACCACGGCGGAGGCGAGAGUGGGUUCGUCAUUAGCAUGGAACACCAGCUACACUGCCUAACCGUGAUCCGGGGCCUGAUUUUCCCCAAUAAUACGAACAUUGCACUGAAUAGCUCCAAUACGCCGUGGCGAGAGAACACAAUGGAGUUGAAUUAUGGGCAUUGGAGCCAUUGCUUUGAUUAUCUUGCUCAGGUAGGUACACUACACUACAUACACUCUUUGCCUCCGCCGCCACCGCCACCCUUCUUACCCUGGGAUACGAUUUGGUCGGUCAGCUAA